AUGCACGCCCCCGACCCGCCCGCGCCGGAGGCUGCCACAGCCACCGCGCACCCGCCUGAGUCGCCGCCCAGCCGCAGCGCCUUGCCGCCCGCCGAGGAGGAUACUGCCGGCGGGUUUGAGAGGCUGCGGAUCCUCGUGGUCGAGGACGAGGACUUUGCGGCGCGGGUCGUGCAGGCGCUCUGCGAGAAGUGCUCCUACGAAGUCACGAUCGCACGCUCGGCCGAGGCCGCACUCGACUUCCUCGCCGCCGACGCCGCGCGGCCGGCGACAGAGCAGUUCAACCUGAUCCUGGUGGACAUCGUGAUGGCGCCGGGCCGGAUGUCGGGCAAGGAGCUGCUGCUCGCGCUGCGGGUCGAGCGGGUCGAGCGCUGCGUCGUGAUGAUGUCCGCCAUACACCAGCGCGCCAUGGUCGAGGAGUGCAUCCGGUCGGGCGCAGAGUCGUACCUCGUCAAGCCGAUCCGGCUCGAGGACGUGGCGCGGCUGUGGCAGGUUGUGAUGCGGCACCACUUCGCGGCGCUCUCGCGCCGGCAGGCGCGGCAGCAGGCGGAGAUGGAGCGGCUGCGCGCCGAGACGCUCGCUGAGCGCGAGAGGGUGCGGCGGGAGAGGCUCGAGCUGGAGCAAAAGGUGCUGCUCGACCGGCAGCGCGAGCGGAUGCAGCAGCAGAUGAUGCGGAUGCUGCGCUCGCAGAUGCGGCAGUACUGGCAGCUCGCGCAGACAUGCAACGACCUCAUCCUCCACGCCUCGCGCCAGGGCGUGUUUCUCUACAUGUCGCACAAGUGCAAGCGGCUGCUCGGCUACGCGCCGACCGAGCUCUCCUCCUCGCGCGACACAAUCGGCACCGUCCACCCGGACGACCUGGCCGAGCUGCGUGCGCUGGUGGCGCGCGCAGAGGCGAGGGAGGAGACGCCCCUCGUGGCCGAGGGCGAGAAGCUCACGCUGCGGGUGCGCGCCAAGGACGGCGCGUUCGUGCCGCUCCGCUUCCCCAUGUACCCCGUCGCCGAGCCGGGCGAAGUCCGAUCCGUCAUCGGCGCGCUGCCGCGUCUGCACUCCCUGGCGGGCAAGAGCCGCCCGCGCGCGCCGCUCACCGACGAGUCCCAGUCGGAGGAUGGAGAGGCGCCCGUCUCCCUCUCCUCGUCCCAGUCCGAGGCGUCCCUCUCCUCGAGCCACCCCGCCGAGUCGCCCUCGCCGCCGUCGCUUCCGGCGAGGAGCGAGUGGGCGCUCGCGCAGGGCGGGCCGCAGGCGGGGCCGGGGCAGGAGCAGAGGUCGGCGUCGCUCUCGCGGCUCCUCGCUGCAGCCUUCUCCACCAUCUCGGAGGAGCUCGGAGCGGCUUCAGCACGAGUGGGACGCGCUGCUGCACAAGUUCGAGGCGCGCUUUCCUAG